GUUUUGCCGCCACGUUCAUUAGGAAGUCAUAUGAUGUCAGAAGAGUUGAUAUCACUCCCCUGGAGCAGAGGAAGGUGACCUUUGAUACCCAUGCUUUAGUGCAGGAUCUGGAAGCCCAUGGCUUUGGGAAGGAGCAGGCACAGACCAUCGUGUCGGCAUUGAUCACCCUGUCCAGUGUCAGCUUAGACACCGUCUACAAGGACAUGGUUACGCAGGCCCAGCAGGAAAUAACUUUACAGCAGAUAAUGGCACAUUUGGAUUCCAUUCGAAAAGAUAUGGUCAUCCUGGAGAAAAGUGAAUUUGCAAACUUGAGAGCAGAGAAUGAGAAAAUGAAAAUUGAAUUAGAUCAAGUUAAACAGCACCUAAUGACUGAGACCAGCAAAAUCCGAGCUGACAGCAAGCUAGACAUAAACCUGGAAAGGAGCAGGGUGACAGAUAUGUUUACAGAUCAGGAGAGGAAGCUGAUGGAAGCAACGACAGAGUUUCAUAAAAAAGAUGCAAAUACGAACAGUAUUAUCUCAGAAAUCAGUAAUAAAAUUGACACUGAAAUAGCUUCCUUAAAAACACUCAUGGAAUCGAAUAAACUUGAUACCAUUCGCUAUUUGGCAGCCUCAGUGUUCACUUGCCUUGCAAUAGCACUGGGGUUUUACAGGUUCUGGAAAUAGAUCUACAUGGAAUGACUGCACUAAAUACAGACGGAAAAGGCCACCCAGGCAACACCACUUCGACAAUAACCUUGGCACCUUUUGGUUUUGAUACUCUUACUGUAUAAUAAAAAUGUUUUCUGAAUAUGUAACACUAAAGAUCAAAAUAACUGGGGGGAAGUAGCCAAAUAGUAUUAUUUCAUUGCCCCCUAUUCAAUACUGUAUUUAUUUCAAAGUAUUUCUUAUGCUAUACCAGAAAGUUUCCUAAUAUCUUUUAGAAUUGAAUUUGUUCUUUUCUGGAAAAUUCUCACUCUCAGCUGCUUUCAGAAUGGAUUUUAUAUACUCUAGAAAUGGGAAUACAAUUCCCAAAUUAGAGUUCCCAGUAUGGGGAUGCUAAUACCAGACUUCAAACUACCUAGUCUGAUCCAAGUAAAUUAUUCUUUAACAUAGGUUCAGGAUUUUGCCUCCAGUCUGUUCCUCACUUUUUUGAUGAAUUAAAGCUUGUCCCUUUGGUUUUUUAAUCUGCAUAUGUUAAAACACACUCCAGGGCCUUUACUAAAGAACCUUUUUUUUUUUCCUUGAAAACUGAUUUACAUUCAUUCAAAAUCUCAUGUAUAAAAUGUCUCUAUAGAUUUUUGUUAGUAUCUCCCGCAAUUUCUGUAAGCCCAGAGGUCCAAAGAAUGGGAAAACUACUCUGUCUUUGCCUUUCCAAGGGGAAACGCCUCCACUCCCAGCAGCUGUGUGCAGCCAUGGGGCAGAUAAAUGCUCUUAACUUCCCCCCUCAAGUAGUGCAGAGAAUUUCCAAGAAACCUGCACGUUUUCUGGGCAUAGCAUCUGACUCUUAAUACAGCAAUGCUCAGAAUCUCAGUGGUGCCAGGGUGGUGGUGGUGAUCCUCCUCCCCCUCCUGCAGGCGUUUUUGCAAUCCCACGGGACACACUGACCCUCGUGACCACUCUGCCUUCUGCAAGGACUUGACUGUUCCUGUUGCAGAGUUACAACACAAGUGGAUGCCUUCCAAAAGUGAAGCAGUUCCAUCUUGUUGAUUACAAAUGCAUAUGCUUGGUUUGAUUCUUUCAGUAUAAUAAUAAUUUUUUUAAGUCUUUCUGGAUUAACUUUGAAGUAAGAAUAGGCCUUUUAUGGGCUAAGGACUGUUGUAGUACUGAGUACUGGCAAUUUUUUUUUAUUGAUGUUUUAUUCUGUUUACAGUUGAACUUGCUGGUAUUCUGCCAAUUCUUAUAUUCUCUGCAUUAAAUUAUUAUCAUCUUUAUUCAAGAAAAUAAAAUUAAUUUCUUAUA